UGGCUCAUUCCAGCUUAACUUCUACGUGCAGGCAAAGUAAAGUGUACAGUGGACGUUUAGUGAUUGGUUUUUUUUUUGCCAUGUUAAUAAGUCAACCAUUAACUGUGAAGAGACGAGCCCUGCUGUGCUGGAUUAACAGGGACUGAGAUCCUCUGGAGUUCUGCACAAGCCUCCUUACGCAGUCAUGGGGAAAGUCUACUAUGUCAGUAAAAAUGUGGGCCUCGGGAUGCUUGUACUGGCAGGCAGUGCACUGGUUACUAUUGUAGCUCUAUCUAUUGCCUAUCACAAGGAAAGGGCCAAGAAUCAAGGUAAGCCCGGAGAUGGAUCAGACACCAGCACACCUACACCCCCCACUACCCCCUUCACCCCGAAGGAACCCUGGGAUUACUACAGACUUCCAGAUGCCCUCAUUCCUCAUUCUUACAAUGUGGUCCUGAGGCCUUGGCUGGAGCCCAAUGCAGACGGCAUUUACAUCUUCACCGGACGCUCAGCUGUGGUCUUCAGAUGUGUAAAGAAAACAAACCUCAUCAUCAUCCACUCCAACAAGCUGAAUCUCACCACUUUCCUUGGACACCAUGCUAAACUGGAAGGCCUGGGUGAAUUCACUGUGCCUGAGAUACAAAGGACUUGGCUUGUAGUGAAAACAACAUAUCUAGUGAUUCAACUGCAAAGCAGCUUAACUGUGGGAAGAUCCUAUAAACUUCACACUGAAUUUAAAGGGGAGCUAGCAGAUGACUUGGAAGGAUUCUACAGGAGUGAAUACAUGGAUAACGGUGUCAAGAAAGUUGUUGCUACUUCUCAGAUGCAGGCAACAUAUGCCAGGAAAACCUUUCCGUGCUUUGAUGAACCAGCUAUGAAGGCCAUCUUCAAUGUUACCAUCAUCCACACAAGAGACACUGUGGCUCUGUCCAAUGGCAAAGAAAAGGGCUCUUCAGACAUUGAAAUUGAUGACAGGCCUGUCACAGUUACUACAUUUGAGCCGACAGAGAGAAUGUCCACAUAUCUAUUGGCAUUUAUCGUCAGUGACUUCAUUUGUAUUCAGUCAAACCAAGGCAAUUUGUUGGUCCGAAUCUGGGCCCAGAGAAAAGCCAUAGCUGAUGGGCAGGGAGAUUACGCUCUCAACGUUACACGGCCGAUCCUUCAGUUCUAUGAGCGAUACUAUAAUACAACCUAUCCUCUUUCUAAGUCAGACCAGGUAGCUUUGCCUGAUUUCAACGCCGGAGCAAUGGAGAACUGGGGUCUGGUCACAUACAGGGAAACAGCCCUGCUCUAUGACCCCAUGCUUUCUUCCACUGGAAACAAAGAGAGGGUCACCACUGUUAUCUCCCAUGAACUUGCACACAUGUGGUUUGGAAAUUUGGUGACUGUGCGAUGGUGGAAUGACUUGUGGCUAAAUGAGGGUUUUGCUUCAUAUGUGGAGUACCUCGGUGCAGACCAUGCUGAGCCCACCUGGGAUAUUAAAGACCAUAUCAUUCUGUACGACAUACAGAAGGUGUUUGCCGUGGACGCCCUUGUUUCCUCUCACCCGCUUUCCCGUCGAGAGGAGGAGGUCAAUAACCCUGCUGAGAUCAGUGAGAUGUUCAACACCAUCUCUUACAACAAGGGUGCAGCGGUGCUUAGGAUGCUGUCAGAGUUUCUCACCGAGCCUGUAUUCGCCAAAGGACUGAGUUCGUACCUCAACACAUUCGCUUUUGGCAACACAGUGUACACAGAUUUGUGGGACCAUCUCCAAAAGGCGGUAGAAGACACUCCAGGUUUAAAUAUUCCCCACUCCAUCCAUGACAUCAUGAACCACUGGACACUCCAGAUGGGUUUCCCAGUGGUCACUAUUGACACCCGGACAGGAAAUGUCACCCAGAAACACUUCCUGUUGGAUCCAGAGUCUAAAUUGGACAGGCCAUCUCAGUUCAAUUAUACAUGGUUUGUCCCCAUCAAAUGGAUGAAGAAUGGUGUGCAGCAGCAACAAUACUGGCUCCUUAAAAAGACGGACACCCGUAGUCCGAUGACAGCUUCAGGAGAAGAGUGGCUGCUGGCAAACACAAAUGUUUCUGGAUACUUCAGAGUAAACUACGAUCUUGAAAACUGGGAUCGUCUCCUCUCUUUGCUCGAAACCAACCAUCAGGCUUUAUCAGUCAUCAACCGAGCUCAGAUCAUGGAUGAUGCAUUCAAUCUGGCGAGAGCAAAAAUAAUCUCCACAACAUUAGCUCUUAAAACAACUAAAUACCUGUCUAAAGAGAGAAACUACAUCCCGUGGGAAUCAGCUCUGAGAAACCUCAACUACUACAUUCUUAUGUUUGAGCGUACGGAGGUGUAUGGAGCUUUACAGGCAUACCUCAAGAAACAAGUCAAACCACUUUUUGAGUACUUUAAGACACUGACAGAUACCUGGACCAAAAUACCUACAGGACACACUGAGCAAUAUAAUCAGAUCAAUGCAAUGUGGCUGGCAUGCAAGGUGGGUGUGGAGGGAUGCAGGGAACUGAUCAAGAGCUGGUACAGUCAGUGGAUGAUGAAUCCAAGUCUCAACCUGAUACACCCCAACUUGAAAGGCACGGUUUAUUGCCUUGCUAUAGCCUUUGGUGAUGUGGAAGAGUGGGAUUUUGCCUGGGGAAUGUUUCAAAAUGCCACUUUGGCAUCGGAAGCUUCCAGGCUCAGGUCUGCUAUGGCUUGCACCAAGACACCAUGGCUGUUGAACAGGUAUCUGGAGUACACACUUGACCCAACUAAGAUCCGCAAGCAGGACGCCACCUCUACCAUUCAGACCAUCGCUGGGAACGUUGUGGGAAUGCCUCUGGCUUGGAACUUCGUCAGAGCAAAGUGGAGCUACAUCUUCCAACAGUAUGGAUCAGGUUCCUUUUCCUUCUCUGGUCUCAUCAGCGGAGUCACAAAGAGAUUCUCCACAGAGUUUGAGUUGCAGGAGCUGAAGAAAUUCAAGGAAGACAACCUCCAUGCUGGCUUUGGCUCAGCCACCUUGGCCUUGGAGCAAGCCAUAGAAAAGACCACAGCCAACAUGAAAUGGGUGACAGAAAACAAAGCUGAAGUGCUGAAGUGGUGUACAGAGGAGGCCAGAUGAGAACAGAAAAAGCCAAAUGGCAAUCAAAAUGAAAAAUAAUCACUAUAAUGAUAUGGAACCACUAAAAGUUACACAAAGACCUCAUCCAACACCCUCAUCAGAGCAAAUAAAGAGAACAAGAUUGUAUUUUUCUUUUCAUGAUACUUCACAUUGUAAGUUAAUGAGUAUUAUGAUAAUGCAUGUAGGACAUAAACACAAGGCACUGACCUGGCUGUAGAUGACCUGCCUCUGAUGUCACUGACAAUAAAAGGUUUAGACCUGUGA